UUCAGCAGGGGGCGCCAAUCUGUUAUCGUGACGUCUCCAUGACAGCAGGAAGAGGAAGUGUGUGCUGGGUUGUUUACAGUGUGUGUGUGGGACUGUGGGGGGUUGUUUAGCUGCAGCAAUAGAGAAGUUGAAUUUAUCUGCAUGAUUUGUUUACUGAGCAAGCAAAGCAGAUAUUGUAUUGUUACAGUAAUUCGCUGUGUUAGUGCUACUUGCUGGCUAAGUCAAGUGCUGACUGAAUAACAAAGAGAGGCUCCCAAUAUUAUUCAUAAUAAAAGCGUGAAUACAGAAAGGAUAUCAGUCUCAAGCUAACAGUCAGUGAAGAUGGACGUCAGUGUCUCCGUGUCGUUCUUUCAAGACGAGCUCGCCUCUACCAUCGAGCACGCAGUGAAAGCGGCUGUAGACACCGUCUUGUGCCAAAUCACAAAAGUUGUCGGCGGCAAAUUCACUGAAUUCCGAAUGGAAAUGGCUGGAAAGGAGAAAGAGAAUGAAAGUCUGAAGCUGAGAUUGGAAAUAUCAGAGAGCGAGUUGAAAGCAGUGCGGGAAUGCAUGAACGCUGCAGAUGCAGACAUUAAACAACCUCUCAGAAACAUGAACCCCGACUGCAAUGAACAAGACUUUCAGAGGAACGAGAACCAGGGGUUAUUCAUCAGAGUUCAAGAUAAUAAAGAGAGGCAGGCUUUCAUUGAAGCAGAUGAGGAGCCAAAGGUUGAAGCUGUUUACACACAAGAGGGGAUCUUUGAUCAUGAACAGUGUGCAAGUUUAAUGCAGGAUACAGAGCAGACGUCUUUGGAAGGUAAAGAAGCCCCAAGACUCGAGCCUGUCCACAUUAAAGAGGAGGCAACUGAACUGGAGCCUGUCAACAUUAAAGAGGAGGCACCUGAACUGGAGCCUGUCCACAUUAAAGAGGAGGCACCUGAACUGGAGUCCAUUUUCAUCACAGGGGAAAUUUGUAAAGAAAGUAAAGUCAAUAUACUGGACGAGAAUAUAGUUAAGCUAGGCUCUAGCCAUUGUGUUUAUUGUCCACCUGAAUUGGUCCACAUGAAACACAAUCAGUCUGUCUCUGAAGACGCUUGUUCUAGUGUUGGAGAAGAGGGCACUGUGCUGGGGUCCAUUCAGGUGGAACGUCACACCCCUGAAGAUGGAAAGGAGGAAGGAGCAAUGCCAUGCACUAGCAGCACAACAUCAGAUAUAGGAAGACACAACUCCACUCCUGAACCCCAGGGAAAAAUGCAGUACAAGAAACACAGAGAGUCAUCACCCCCAGAUGAAUAUGUGAAGAAACUGAGAACGUCCUCAGUUCAAAAUCUUUCUGUACAAGAUAGCAGAUCACUUAGUCUGGGUUAUAUAGUGACUUCACGUCCUGAGGCUGUUAACAAUUCUGCAACCCAGGGCAACUUCAUUCCCCUAAAAACUCCCCAGCAGAUUCCUUCAGAGCAGAUCUUCUAUCACUGUACUGAAUGUGGCACCAAUUUCAGUGACCUGGGAAACCUGAAAGCACACCAACAGAUUCACAAAGAACAGAAACCCCAUCACUGUACUGAAUGUGGAAAAAGCUUCAGAUGGGUAAGUGGGCUUACAACUCAUCAGCGUAUUCACACAGGAGAGAAACCCUAUCUGUGUACUGAGUGUGGGAAGAGUUUUAAUAAGAAAUGUAGCCUUCAAACACACCAGCUAAUUCACACGGGAGAUAAACCGUUUCACUGUGCUGAUUGUGGGAAGAGAUUCAGAGGUUCAAAGGACUUAAAACUACACCAGCGAAUUCACACUGGAGAGAAACCCUAUCAGUGUCCUGUAUGUGGGAAGAGUUUCAGUUGGAGAAGCAACCUUAGAAUACACCUCAGAAUCCACACAGGAGAGAAACCUUUUGAGUGCACUGAGUGUGGGAAGAGAUUUGUAGACUCAAAUAAUCUAAAGAGACACCGUCGAAUUCACAGAGAUUUAGUCCGUUAGGACACUUAAAAAAAAAAACUAUUCAGUUUACAGAAUGAAAGCACCUCAAUCACACCAGAAUACCAGCACAGACCCAUGUGUAUCUCUGUCAGAAUACCAGCACAGACCCAUGUGUAUCUCUGUCAGAAUACCAGCACAGACCCAUGUGUAUCUCUGUCAGAAUACCAGCACAGACCCAUGUGUAUCUCUGUCAGAAUACCAGCACAGACCCAUGUGUAUCUCUGUCAGAAUACCAGCACAGCACUUUUUAUAAUGUGGACAUUUGCAUAAGGAAUGAACGGAGCAAUAACUGAACAGUCCGUGUACGAUGGAGUCUGAACUACCAAUACAACCUCUCAUUAAAUAUCACUCUAAAAUGCCUUCUAACUCUCCAUGUUUCUACCUUCACCAAAGCCUUUCUCUCCUAAAUCUACAUAUGAAUGGAGCAAUAUUACUGAACUGUCUGCGUCUCGCUUUGUUGUUUUUGAAAGAUGCUGUGCCUGUGCUCCAGUCGAGCUGGCAGUCUGUGAUUGGCUCUCGGCAGUUGCAGGUACAGGAUUGGUUGCUUUCGUCGAUGCAUUGUUUGGCUGAUUUUGGUGGAUAAUAAAAUUCCUUUGGACCAA